ACGUGAGGGCGCCGACGCUUCGCCUGAGCGGGCAGUGUUCGUGGUUUGAGUUUGUGACUGCUGGGGACGCUUUCCCGGCCGGGUCGCUCUUUGGAAGCGUGCUCUGCAUUCGCAUUUCCUGUUGAGCCCACCAUGAGGCGCCUGGGUUCGGUGCAGCGGAAAAUGCCGUGUGUGUUUGUGACGGAGGUGAAAGAGGAGCCCUCCACCAAAAGGGAGCAUCAGCCAUUUAAAGUUUUGGCAACUGAAACUCUAAGUCACAAGGCAUUAGAUGCAGAUAUAUACAGUGCACUUCCAACAGAAAAAGUGGAUGGAACAUGUUGCUAUAUUACUACCUACAAAGGUCAGCCAUACCUUUGGGCUCGGCUAGAUAGAAAACCUAACAAACUAGCUGAGAAAAGAUUUAAAAAUUAUCUACAAUCAAAACAAAACUCACAAGAAUUUUUUUGGAAUGUUGAGGAGGACUUCAAACCUGUUCCAGAGUGCUGGAUACCAGCGAAGGAAAUAGAACAAUUAAAUGGGAAUCCGAUGCCUGAUGAAAAUGGACACAUUCCUGGUUGGGUACCAGUGGAGAAACACAACAAACAGUACUGCUGGCAUUCCUCUGUAGUUAAUUAUGAAUUCGAAGUUGCCCUGGUACUGAAGCAUCAUCCUGAUGAUCCUGGGCUUCUGGAAAUUAGUGCAGUGCCGCUCUCAGAUCUCCUAGAACAAACACUAGAACUUAUAGGAACAAAUAUUAAUGGAAACCCGUAUGGGCUAGGAAGCAAGAAGCAUCCAUUACAUCUUCUUAUACCACAUGGGGCAUUUCAAAUCAGAAAUCUACCUACCUUGAAGCACAAUGAUCUGUUAUCCUGGUUUGAAGGUUGCAGAGAGGGUAAAAUUGAAGGAAUAGUAUGGCAUUGUAACGAUGGCUGUUUAAUCAAGGUUCAUCGCCAUCAUCUUGGUUUAUGCUGGCCAAUUCCAGAUACUUACAUGAAUUCAAAACCAGUUAUUAUCAACAUGAACCUGAACAAGUAUGACCAUGCCUUUAAUACUAAAUGUUUGUUUAGUCUUUUUUCAAAAAUAGAUAAUCAGAAAUUUGGUAGGCUCAAAGAUAUAAUACUUGAUGUAUAAACUAAAAUGCAAUUAAGAACCAGCUUUAUUGUUAUCUUUGAAUCUUGAAUAUUCUGCCACAUGUGGAAGGUAAAAAAAAUCUCAAGGUUCCAUGUCUAAUAGAGCAUUUGAAGACAUGAAUUUCCCAGUUGCAAAGGUCUAUUCAAAAUUUUAUUUAGAACCAGCAAAUGAAUUUCAACCACUAGACUUAAAAAUGUAAUAAUAAGCUCCUUACCUUGUACAAAAGUUGGAGAAAGACAGCAGUUAAACCAACAAUUCUAGAUCAUUUAAAAAUUAAAUAGUUCAAGAUGAAUUUAUUCUAAACACUUAAAACAUAUGGCUGUAACCUCAUAACAUGUUUAUAUACAUGUACAUAUAUAUAAAAUUCUAGAGUCUUAAU